GUCCAGGUUUGAAUCGUGUUACUUUAGUAACAAGAAACCAAACAAGCGCCUGAGAGAACUCAACGGUCUGAAGAAAGUUUCCUCUAGAUAAUGGAACAAAUCAAUCUGGAGGAUUACUUUCGACUCAUUUUCGAAGAGGACAUUUUGAAAUUACCUGUGCAGCGGCAAAACAUAAACAGCAGCGCCACGAGAUUUUGGGAAAAAAGACGAGAGGUAGAUCUUGUGGGUGCGUCUUUAAAAUCUAAGCGACACGAAUUUGAUGGAGUCUGUGAAAAACUCAGAGAAAGGAAAGAGAACUUGUGGAAAAAGGAAGAGAAAAUGAAGGAAGCACUACUCAAAUUUGACAAGUUCAUCAAAGAGAAUGAUGCUAAACGAUCUCGAGGCAUCAGAAAAGCGGAGUUGCAGAGGGUGGCGGUGGCCCAAAAAGAGAAGGAAUUAGAGGAUUUGAAACAGGAAUACAGCAUUUUGCUUUCCAGAAGAGAGAAACUUCAAAACAGAGUUACAAGAGCAACUGUUUAUCAUCUCUUCCUUGCCACAGUUGGUAAAAUGUCUAAAAAGUUUGAAGACAUCCCUCAUUUGAUUAGUCGUUUUGACACCCUUCUCGUGACUCGUGACCAGUUGCAAGAACACGGAAGAGGAACAGACACUAAAACAGAAGGAGAACGCACUGAGCUAAGGCGUUAUGUUAAUGAACAGAACUCUGUCCUCCUCCAGCUAAAUAAUACCCUAUCAGAACGGCAAACUGAACUGGACAGUGUGCUCUCAGAAGCAUGCAGGUGGGAGUAUACCUGGAAUCACAUCCAGGCCACAGCGGCUAAGGAGACACUCAUGCUGGGCCAGAUCAAGUUUGCCACUUUAAACCUAUAUCACUUUAUUGGUGGGGACACUGGCAAAGAAGAGGGGGUGCAAAUAGAGGACACCGUGGAUCAACUGGAAAAGAUACAUCUCUUCAUUCAGGACUUGGUUGAUAUCACAGGUGAUAGUAGAUUUUAAUCCAAUUACCAAGUCAUUGACCAUCAUGAUAUUUUUGGCCCAUAGCCCAAAGGCAACCUACACAUCCCAGUGUUGUAUCUGUAGUUUUGUAUAUUUCUUAACUAGGGUAUGUCUUGAUUUUUUGCCAGUGCUACACAAUUGAAUGGUAGCAUUUCAGGCUGUAUUCAAACUGCAGACAGGUAUGAUUUCUUUUCAAGUGCACACUUUAUGACUGGCUCCAUGCAGUUUUUGUAAAUGAUGUAAUAGGAUUUGUGUUCAAGGACCGAACGGUCACUGUGUGAGUUCAGCGUAGGACAACAAUCAGACCACAAAAAAACCUCUGGGUGUUUUGCUUGGUGAGACAUUGCUGGACAUUUUUAUGGGAUGGAGGUCAACCCCCUGGAUACUGCACAACAAACAACAAUGGCAUUGGAAAACACCUGGAUACUGCACAACAAACAACAAUGGGAUAG